AUGGCCACGUCUAUACUCGGGGAAGAGCCACGCUUCGGAACGACCCCGUUGGCCAUGCUGGCGGCGACCUGCAACAAGAUCGGCAACACCAGCCCGCUGACGACGCUGCCCGAGUCCAGCGCCUUCGCCAAAGGCGGCUUCCACCCCUGGAAGCGCUCUUCGUCCAGCUGCAACCUCGGCUCCAGCCUCUCCGGCUUCGCUGUGGCCACGGGCGGCCGCGGCUCGAGCGGCCUGGCGGGUGGCUCGGGAGCCGCCAACAGCGCCUUCUGCCUGGCCUCCACGUCCCCCACGUCGUCCGCCUUCAGCAGCGACUACGGCGGCCUCUUCUCUAACUCGGCGGCGGCGGCGGCCGCGGCGGCUGGCGUGUCCCCGCAGGAGGCGGGCGGCCAGUCGGCCUUCAUCUCCAAGGUGCACACGACGGCCGCCGACGGCCUGUAUCCGCGCGUGGGCAUGGCGCACCCGUACGAGUCGUGGUACAAGUCGGGCUUCCACUCGACGCUGGCGGCGGGCGAGGUGACCAACGGCGCGGCGUCGUCGUGGUGGGACGUGCACAGCAGCCCCGGCUCCUGGCUGGAGGUGCAGAACCCCGCCGGGGGGCUGCAGAGCUCGCUGCACUCGGGCGCCCCCCAGGCCUCGCUGCACUCGCAGCUGGGCACCUACAACCCCGACUUCAGCUCGCUCACGCACUCGGCCUUCAGCUCCACCGGCCUCGGCUCCUCGGCCGCCGCCGCCUCGCACCUGCUCUCCACCAGCCAGCACCUGCUGGCCCAGGACGGCUUCAAGCCGGUGCUGCCCUCCUACUCGGACUCCAGCGCCGCGGUGGCCGCGGCCGCCGCCAGCGCCAUGAUCUCGGGGGCCGCGGCGGCGGCCGCCGGGGGCAGCUCCGCGCGCUCCGCCCGCCGCUACUCCGGCCGUGCCACCUGCGACUGCCCCAACUGCCAGGAAGCCGAGCGGCUGGGUCCGGCCGGGGCGAGCCUGCGACGCAAGGGGCUGCACAGCUGCCACAUCCCGGGCUGCGGCAAGGUGUACGGCAAGACGUCGCACCUGAAGGCGCACCUGCGCUGGCACACGGGCGAGCGGCCCUUCGUGUGCAACUGGCUCUUCUGCGGCAAGCGCUUCACGCGCUCGGACGAGCUGCAGCGGCACCUGCGGACUCACACGGGCGAGAAGCGCUUCGCCUGCCCGGUGUGCAACAAGCGCUUCAUGCGCAGCGACCACCUGAGCAAACACAUUAAGACGCACAACGGGGGCGGCGGGGGCAAAAAGGGCAGCGACAGUGACACGGACGCCAGCAACCUGGAGACACCCCGUUCCGAGUCCCCCGACCUCAUCCUGCACGACUCCGGCGUCAGUGCAGCCCGGGCGGCUGCGGCGGCGGCCGCGGCGGCUGCAGCGGCGGCGGCGGCGGCGGCCUCGGCGGGAGGCAAAGAAGCUGCGACCGGACCCAAUGAUUCCUAG